AUGCUGUCCACGAGAGCGGCGCCAAACAAGGCCGUGAGCCUCUCGCGGACCGCCGUCAGGGGCCUCGCCACCGUGCAGGAUGGCACCCCCAAGCGGACUUACGGGGGUCUCAAGGACCAAGAUCGUAUUUUCCAGAAUCUCUACGGCCGAUUCCCCGCCGACCUGAAGAGCGCGAAGAAGAUGGGCGAUUGGCAUAAGACGAAGGAGAUUAUACUCAAGGGCCACGAUUGGAUCAUCAACGAGGUCAAGGCCUCCGGUUUGCGAGGACGUGGAGGUGCCGGCUUCCCAUCUGGUCUGAAAUGGUCUUUCAUGAACUUCAAGGACUGGGACAAGGACACCAAACCCCGAUACCUUGUCGUCAACGCUGAUGAGGGCGAGCCUGGAACUUGCAAGGACCGCGAAAUUAUGCGAAAGGACCCCCACAAGCUCGUCGAAGGCUGCCUCGUCGCUGGCCGAGCCAUGAACGCCACUGCUGCCUACAUUUAUAUCCGAGGUGAAUUCGUCUACGAGGCUGCCGUCUUGCAGAAUGCCAUCAACGAGGCUUACCAGGACGGGCUGAUCGGAAAGAAUGCCUGUGGUUCUGGCUACGACUUCGACGUGUUCAUCCACCGCGGUGGCGGUGCCUACGUUUGUGGCGAGGAGACUUCUUUGAUUGAGUCUCUCGAGGGCAAGCCUGGCAAACCCCGUCUUAAGCCCCCUUUCCCCGCUGCCGUCGGUCUGUUCGGAUGCCCUUCGACUGUCGCCAACGUUGAGACUGUGGCCGUUGCACCUACCAUUUGCCGCCGUGGAGGAAACUGGUUUGCCGGCUUUGGCCGCGAGCGUAACCAAGGCACCAAGCUGUUUUGCAUCUCUGGUCAUGUCAACAAUCCUUGCACGGUCGAGGAAGAGAUGUCCAUCCCCCUGCGUGAGCUGAUUGACAAGCACUGCGGUGGUGUCCGUGGUGGUUGGGAUAACCUCUUGGCCAUUAUUCCCGGUGGUUCAUCUACCCCGAUUCUACCCAAGAGUGUUUGCGACGAUCAGCUUAUGGACUUUGACGCCUUGAAGGAUAGCCAGUCCGGUCUUGGUACUGCUGCCGUUAUCGUCAUGGACAAGAGCACCGAUGUUGUCCGUGCCAUUUCUCGACUCAGCCACUUCUACAGACACGAGAGUUGCGGCCAGUGCACCCCUUGCCGUGAGGGAAGCAAAUGGACUGAACAGAUCAUGUCUCGAUUCGAGCGUGGCCAGGGACGGGAGCGAGAAAUUGAUAUGCUUCAGGAGUUGACGAAGCAAGUUGAAGGACACACUAUCUGCGCUUUGGGUGAAGCAUUUGCCUGGCCUAUCCAGGGUCUUAUCCGCCACUUCCGACCCGAGUUGGAGGCUAGAAUGCAGAAGUUUGCCCAGGAGAAUGGUGGGGCAGCUCUGGCAGGUGGAUGGGACUCCAAUGCGAGGUCACAAGGCAAGCUUGUGUCUCCAGGUCAGUAA